AUGGAACUCGAAAGUAGACAACAAUAUAUGAUAGACAAACAAAACGAGUUAAAAGUAAAACUAGAACAAUAUAAUAAAUGUAAGAAAAGAUGGAUUAGAGUUGAUUCUGUUUUCAAAACACUGAGUGUACUUCUAACAGUAGGAACAACAGUAGGAACGGCUGUAACUGGUGGAUUAAUGGUUCCAGUACUUAUCCCAGCUGUAUUAGCCGCAAUUACUGCUAUUCAAACUUCAUCUUGUGGGUUGAUUGCUAUAGGUUAUACAUCAAAACAGAAAUCUUAUUAUAAAAAGAAAACAGAAAUUUUAAAUACAUAUCUUAAUAAAUUAUUCAUAUUUUUACAAAGAUCAAGAGAAGAUAAGAACAUAACCAUUGAAGAAUUAGAAGAAUUCAAUGAAAUUCUAGAAAAAUUUGAGAUGGAAAUAUCAGCAAUAGAAGCUGUUUCCAAUACAUCUUUAACAUUUAAAGGACAAAUUGAAAUAGAUGGAGAGAUAUUUCAAGAUGGAAAGCACAAACAAUUUAUGAAACUUCUUGGUUUUAAUGCCAACACUUUUCAUACUAUCUUUAGAAAUAUGGAGGAAAAAUCUGACCGUUCUGAUUGGUACUUUACAGGAAGUAUCUUUUUACGUAAAGACAAUUUUAAAGAAAUUAAAAGAUCAAAAGUUAGAAGAGGAACUGAACUACUCAAAAAAAUAAAUGAAUAUAUAGAUUUAAAUCCUACAGAUAAUGUUCCAGAAGAAUUUUAUGAUAAACUAAUGAAUAUAGUAGAAAUAUUUGUAGAUGAAGAUUUACAGAAAAAAUGGAAAAGACAAGAAAUAACAAGCAAUAAUAAUUAUUUACAACAUAUUAAUUUCACAUGUUCCUAUCAACAUGAAACAUCUAGUUUAGCGGCAUGGGGUAAUUCAUCUAAUCUACCAAUGAAUUUGAGAAAGAUCACUGAUAUCAAUGUUGCAAAAUACACCAAAGAUAACUGGGAAUCUUUAAGACACGAAUGGGAACCAUAUGCAAAAAGAGAUACGUGUUGUCUUGGAAGUUAUUUGAUAAAAUAUAACCAAGUCACGAAAGAAGUUGUAAACCAAAAUAUGUCCAAUAAUCUAACGGCUCCAGCUUUAUCUUUUAAGGGUUGGUAUUAUUUGUAUCAUUACGAUAAAGAAAUGGUUGAAGAAGAAUGGAAACUACUAGAAUGGUUCCGAAACAUACUGAAAAAGAAAAUAUAUAAAAAGUUUAUUCACACACUAAUCUUUUUAUAA